AUCGGUAGCGGGUAUAGAGCAGGUGGGCCGUAUGGGGAUAAAGCUAGAGAACAUUACAGGUGAACAGGUAGUCUAGCGCUGAAGGUCACAGUGAACAGUACUGGACGUGUGGGGCGGCGGCGCUGACGGUAGCUGCAGUAGUUGUAGUGGUGUCCGCCUGUUACUGACGAGAGACAGUGUUGUUGUGGUAGACUUUGAGUCCAUCUCUCCCUUCUGGGAACGCUUAUUGGGUAGAAAUCUCGCUAAGUCUCUCCACGUGUUGAGAUAGAGACUUAGUGAAGAGCUACAAGAUGAAGUCGACGAGUAUAGACGAGCCGAAGAUGGAGACGCGGGUGUUGAUGCCGGCAGAGUUCUCACUGGUGGUGACGGCGCGACCGCUGCCCCCGCUGGACCGUCUCGUGCCUGCUGAGGACUGCAUCAAGGUGUGCGCCACUCGCCCUCUGCCAAUCCAGACCCGCUACCUCCCCUUCAGCGGCACCGUCAGAGCGGACAACCUGCCGCUUCUCCCCUACCUCCCUCCCAUGGACGUGCGGUCCAGGUAUGGCGGCUACGACUCCGUGGACGAGGAGGGGCGACGGACAUGUAACUGGGUUCGCUUCCUCAAGGUGGCGCCCGUCUACUCCCAUGAAGUUAAUCUGGUGGGGCGGCGAGCUGGUCCUCGGGGCGACGUGGUAUUCGAAGUCGUCCGAGAGAUCCUGCCCGGAGGCGAACUCCUGGCGUUCCUGCUGCCGGACAUGAACGGAGAGAACGCCUUACUUCUGCCGGCACUGACACUUAUUAGGUCAUCACUCUACCGCCGCACCAUUGAUUCUAUCAUGGCUGAGGCGCCACUGGACUUGUCCAGGUCCCUGCUGACCUCUCCUCCCCCUCGCCCUACCAACACAAGCGCUUUGUCCCGAGACUCUGACGCUGUCUCGCCCUCAUCGUCUCCCUCCCCAUCAUCCUCACCAGCGUCGUCAACCUCCUCAGCUCCGGCUUUCUCACCAACAGCGUCGUCAAUGUUCCACGUAGGUCGUUCUCAACUACAGUUUGGGCUGCCUCCUCGCCUACCCAUGGGUCUGGCACCACAGUCUCCCUCAGCAAUGUCUACAGGCAGUUCCUCCAGUAUUUCUGUCCAAAACAGUUCAGUAUCUCCGUCUCUGGCUCCUGCCAAGCGGCGGGAGCGGACGAUGCUGCCGUGCUCGGAGUGCGGGAAGGCCUUUGAUCGGCCGUCGUUACUCAAGCGGCACAUGAGGACCCACACAGGCGAGAAGCCACACGCGUGCGACGUGUGCGGUAAAGGCUUCUCGACGAGCUCCUCACUCAACACACAUCGACGGAUCCACAGUGGCGAGAAGCCUCACCAGUGUGGCGUGUGCGGGAAGAGGUUCACGGCGUCCUCCAACCUCUACUACCACAAGAUGACCCACGUCAAGGAGAAGCCACACAAGUGUUCGCUGUGCACCCGCUCCUUCCCCACCCCGGGAGACCUUCGCUCCCACAUGUUCGUCCACAACGGCCAGUGGCCCCACAAAUGCUCCGUCUGUGGUAAAGGCUUCAGCAAACUCACCAACCUCCGCAACCACGCACUACUACACUCGGCCAAGACCCGAGUACCACCUCCUUCGGCGCCAGUGUCGCCAUCUUCAGCCUCGCUGUAGCCUCAAAGGGGGCUUCAGCGCCCCUCUCAGCUCCUUCCACAGGUCCCAACUUGAAAUAUAAAGACGCCGGACGCAUCUUCAAUCUUGACACCAAACAUGACACAAUGCCAAAUAGAGUCUAGAGAAGCUGCCCCUUCCCUCUGUGGUGAGGUAGUGGAGUCGUUCCGUCCUCGCUCCUCCAGAUGCUCUUGGCGAGAUAUACCUCCCCCUCUACAUCUGUGAUCUCCUACAUAAGUGUGCAAUAUUUAUUUUUGUAUAUAAUGUAUAUAUUUGUCCAUCCAUCAAUCUUUAUAUGUAAAUAAAAUACCUUCAUUCA